CGUCCGGCUGGCCAGGAGCAGAGCUAAGAGCAAAAGUCAGUAGCUGACCAGAGCCCAGGAGCCUUCCUACUACCGGGUCUCCGCUUUUCUGAGAAAGUGAAAGCCUCGACCUCCAAGCCCCGUGAGAUGGAUGCCAUUUAAGGGACGCCACCUGGAGCUCUGCGUCUGCACCUGGGCUGUGUGGAGGGGGCCAUAAAUGGGCAAGAUGGCAGCCUCCAAUCUCUGGAAGCAGGAGGAAGCGGCUCCCACUUUGAAAGUGUGGCUCCUGUCUGCCGUCGGCCAUGGAUCGGUGGUGGCUGCUCUUAUUAGGACUGUGGACAACCGCACCACUCACCUGGGCUGGGGACGAGCUGCUCAAUGUCUGCAUGAACACCAAACACCACAAGCGAGAGCCUGGCCCAGAAGACCGGCUCUACGAAGAGUGCAACCCCUGGCGAGGCAAUGCGUGCUGCAGGGCAGGCACCAGCCUGGACACCCACCUGGACCUGCCCUUGCUCUACAACUUCAGCUUGCACCACUGUGGGGUGAUGCUGCCAGGCUGCGAGAAGCACUUCCUCCAGGCCAUCUGCUUCUACCAGUGCUCCCCAAACCUGGGGCCUUGGAUCCAGAAGCUGGACUCGGGCGGGACAGGCGAGCGAAUUCUGGAGGUGCCCCUGUGCUGGGAGGACUGUGAGCAGUGGUGGGAAGACUGCCGCACAUCUUACACUUGCAAAGCUGACUGGCACGGCUGGGACUGGAGUGGGGGUAAGAACCUCUGCCCUGCACAAGCCUUCUGCCACCCUUUCCCCCAUUACUUCCCCACCCCGGUUGACCUAUGUGAGAAGAUUUGGAGUCACUCCUUCAAGGCGAGCCCUGAGCACCGGAACAGUGGGCUGUGCCUACAGAAGUGGUUUGAGCCUGCUCAGGGCAACCCCAAUGUGGCCGUGGCCCGCCUCUUCGCCAGCACGGCCCUGUCCAGGGACCGCCCCUGCAUGCUCCUGGCCUUCUCUCUGUUCCUGGCGUUCCUAUCCCCAGAGCCCCUUCUUCUCCCACCCACAUUCCUCCUUUCUUGGGUCCUUCCCUUAAAUAGAGCAGCACAGGCUGGGGGCCGGAGACACUGA